AUGGCUGCUCCAAAACUCUACUUGGUACCACUGCUGUCCUUGCUUGCCCUGUUGAUUGCCUACUGGUAUCGGCCAGUGGAUGACAAAAAUCUUCAGAAUCGAUUGGACACAGUGCUAUCAUCACUACUUCAGGCUGAGCAAAAAGUUGGACUAGCCUCGGACAGACCUCCCCGCAUUGCAAUUGGUAAAUUACAUUUAUUUUAGAUUUUAGUAAAACCCGUUUUUGUAUAUUUUUAUAAUUGUAUUUAUGUAUUUUAUACUAGCUUAUUCAGGGCACUUUAUAAAAAGAUUUAUAGUCAAUUUAGACUUACUGGUUCCAAAGAGAUUUAAGAAUCCUGUCUGCUGUUUUUAUAAUCAAUGAUUUGCAACACAUUUACUACACAACUUGCUUAGACAGGUGAAUUUAUCAUUUAAAGGAGGUAAUGGGGGUUGGGACAAAAUGCUAGCAGAAGCUAAUAAAAGGAGGUUGUGGAAAAUGAUCACAGAAAUGGAGUACUGUGCUAUAUAAAGUGAAAGAUAAAUGGGGAAUUUUGUACAAACAAGUGUUUUUUUUUUUUUUGUUUUUUUUUUUUGCGAUUGUAUUUCUAAAUGUGGGAUUAUUCACUAAACCAGUCCACGUACUACAGGUUAAAAGCUGGGCGUUUUGCUUGUGCAUAUUUAAAUGAUUUAGUAGAGGGUGGUACGGUGAUUUAUUAAUACAUUUAACCCCUUCAUGGAACCUGUUAGACAGUAUACUUUAUACUGUUCCACGUUGUAAAUGCCACCUUUCUAACCCCCAUGUCCACUUCUGCUUUUAGAAGUGGUUAUGGUUUAAGCAAUCUGUAUGCUAAUAGUUUCAUCUCGAAAUGCUACCUAUAAUGAGAAAUUUGUGCCGGGAUGUAGUUACACCUCCAACUCAUGUAACUGAUUAACGUGAGUGCGGUGCAAAAAAAGUCUGUUGUCAACAUGCAGAGUGCUGGUGACAGACAUAAGCCUUUUCUCUUGCAAGCAGCACUGCGAUAGCGCCUCCAAGGAGAAGCCUAAGCUGUAGGACUGUGUUUGUGCGUCUCUUUAGCACAUAGUCCUAAUAUCUGCCCAACCCUCCAUUAUUUCAGCCCUCUUAGGUCUCCCUUUCUCCACACAGUAUAUUUUCUAGCUUUUCCCUUGUCUGCCCUUCCCCACCCACUGUGAACCAUGUGCAAACAUGUAUUCCUCUACGUAUAGGUGGCCAGCCCCUGCUGUGAAGAUUUAAAAGGUGUGUUUACUGAUGGUAUAUCCCGUGGCAUUCUGUUUUCUGUGCCGAAGCUCCACCUACUUUGGAUCUCAGCCAAUCUAAUGCUUUCUUAUAGAAAAGCAUAUGGAGACUUGUGAGCAUGCAUUUCUAAACAGUGCGCUGCACCAAUCAAAUGGUCUCUAUGAGAUCAUCUGAUAGAAACAGCCAGGUUUUACUCUGCUAUUUUGGUGGAAGUACCUAUAGUGGCUGUCAGUGUGACUACUGCUAGAGGCAUUUAAAACCUGCGCUGCAGGGUUAAAAUGGCAGGGGCAUCCCACGCUUACAUAACAUCCUCACCAAAUACAGUGCAUGCUCAUACUAUAAACUAAAUAUCACAAAAACACAAGCGAUGAGUAUGCACAUACCGACACAAACCUUACAAGACCUGAAAACAAAUUAUGACUAUGAAUGGCGCAAAGACCAUUUAACAUUCCUAGGAGUAGCCUUUACAUCGACAUCACAUGCUUUGAUGGCAGCUAACUAUGUUAAACUUGUAAAUACAUUAAAGAACCAAAUUGCAGGGUGGAGGGGCAAGUAUGUCUCCUGGCUAGGUCGCAUAGCGGCUACAAAAAUGAUACUUUUACCUAAACUCCAGUACUUGUUCCGUACUCUACACAUACACCUCCCAAAGAUUUUCCUACGCGAAACACAAGCUAUGAUUAACACAUUCAUAUGGAACAACAAAAAACCGAGGGUGGCAGCAGCAGCAUUAUACAAACCCAUCAAGAAAGGGGGCACAGGGAUACCACACCUUGAAACGUAUUACUCAGCUUCGAUCCUUAGUCCCCUCAUCAUAGCAUCCCAUCUCCAACAACCACCGGAAUGGCUUGCCAUAGAGGCAGCAUAUACAAAAGGCAAUAAUUUGACUACACUGGUCUGGAUACCACGAUGCAUUAGACCCAAAUAUACGGGAAUGCUACCAACCACCAAAUUGUCUCUGUCUAUAUGGGACGCGCUUAGGACCAAACUAGGGUCCUCCCCUCAUCCGUCCCCCAGCUAUGAAGCUCCAAGCCCUUACAAUACUUAUACCACAAUUCAACGCCAAGGAAUGGGCCAAGUAUGGCAUCACUUCCUUACACCAAAUAGUAGAUAACAACAAACUGAUACCGUUUGCACACCUGCAGAUUAAACAUAAAAUACCACAAACCAUGAACUUCAGGUACUUACAGAUAAAGUCAUGGUUUCGCACACACUACCCACCAAAUACCCCAUUCAGACAAGACUGGCAACUAACGCCUCUUGAGCAAUUAUGCAUACAAAACAAGCCUCCUACUAAACUAAUAUCCCAAUUGUACAAUACAAUCAUCCAAAGACUUUACACUGCAAAGCCCUCCUUUAUCUCGAAAUGGGAAAUAGACCUCCAAAGGAAAUUGGACGAAUCUAAUUGGGCUCGUAUAUUUACGGCAAAUAGGAACCUAACACUAUGCACCACACAUAUAGAAAUGUCUAGAAAGUUACUAUACCGCUGGCAUCUGGUUCCGACCAAACUGAAACACAUCAACCCUCAUAACUCAGGGCAAUGCUGGAGAUGCGAAGAGCAGCCGGGCACUGUGUAUCAUAUAUGGUGGUCAUGUCCAAGAAUAACACCAUUCUGGACUCAAAUCUCGAAGCUAAUAACAGAGUCCUCGAGAACGGUGAUGCCCCCCCAACCCGAACAAUACCUAUUCCAACUAUUCCCAAACAACAUCACGAAAACUGUAAGGUAUCUGAUUUAUCACAUACUCAUUGCAGCGCUACAAACGAUCAGCAGAAACUGGCUGGCAUCACACACACCAACCAUAACGGAAUGCACCCACAUUAUAGAAACCUCUAGACUAUAUGAAACCAUGGUUAGGAAAACAAGGCCUACUCAAAAAUUUUGGGUAGAAGCUUGGGAACUGUGGGACGCAUACACUAGGAGAACAAUUGCAAAUAUCGCAAAUUAGGAAGAACAAAGGGGAACUCCAACACACUCCAACACACUCUGGGAAUAAAGGUUGACUCAUUAGUCUUCUCUACCUCGACCGAACCCCCCUCUUCCCCCACCCCCAUCCAGGUUUUACCCACCUAACCCACAGAUCCUAUGCAAAAUCAAAAUGUGCGAAGUGCAGCGGAACUCCAAUAGCGAUGGCAUUUCUAGGACAUAGGCUAAUGAGUGUACCUGGCUGACACAAAUGUAUAACAAAUAAUUGACUUGUACGAACUAUGUAUGUCAAAGAAUGUCAAAGAAUGUAAUAAUAUGAUGUAAAUGACAAUGUUAUAUACGCUGUAUCUCUGCACUAACCUAAAAACUGCUAAUAAAAAAAAAAAAAUGGCAGGGGCAUGGCACCCAGACCACUUCAUAGAGAUAGUGUCCUUGGUGCCUAUAAUGUCUCUUUAACAUAUCUAAACAAGCCCACCAAAAGCGUUAAAGGGGGGCUUUGAAGGGACAACACUGGCAGGGCCUUUCCUGGCGAAAACCAUGCCAACAAGUACCCUGAGGAGUUCUUCUAGCGCCCAGUCUGAAACACCAAACACCAGCCCCCAUGGCUGGCACUGCUACUGUAACCAUUAUUGCUUGUUUAUGGCCUACCAGCCAAGAAGCCCCCAUUUUCACCCAUGCGAUCAUGUGGAUUUGUAUUAUCUCCUAGCUAAUAUGGCCAAAAGAUUGUGAGACAGGAGGCGAAUAUUUGCUCUACCUUUACUGAAACCUCCAGCAGCAAAGAAACAUUGAACAAAACUUUAAAAGAAACAACCAAUUAGCACAAAGACAGGCAUAUAAUACACUCAGCAGGACCCUCCCACUUUCUCCUUCUUUGAUGAUGUCGCGCAGGAGAGCAGGAGAUUCCUAAAGGGUGGAGUAACGAAUUAACACAUCCAAGGCAAAAACCAACAUGAAUCGAAGAACUCCGGUCUAAACUAGAAGGAAAAAAAAAAGCGAAAACUUUGUGAAAGUAAAUUGUAACCACAGGUAAUCACGCAGAUAAACAACAACUAUGUAAACUUAACUAUAAAAACAUCAUUCAAGCAAUGCAACACAGCAUGCAUAAAGAGACAAACAUGAGAAACCAAACAUAAUCAAAAGAGACACAGUAUGAUAUGCAAUGCAAACCACCCCCAGCACUAAAGAAAAACAAGGGAAAGGAACAAACAAUACAGGAGUGUGGGGUGGAGAUAACGAGCUACAAAACAUGUGGUCUAUCUAGAAAAUCUAAGUACGAAAUGAACAGUAAGUUAACCUUCAUCCUACGUGUCGGAGAUAAAGCGACACAUCAUAAGCUCAAUUAUCCAAAACAUGACAGAAAGCAAAUGAGAAGGACCAACUUCGCCGAAAGUUGGUGUAGAGACAAAUCCUUGUUAUCUCGUAAGUUCUCAAAAAAAUGGAAGAACCACGGAGAUAUCCAAGAAUGAAGACUAUCGCAAAGAGCAAGGUCGCAAACGCCUGAUACCACGAAGUAAGUGACAGACUGUGAGAUCCCUUCCCACACGAGCCCUGGAAGAGGACAUGUGCUGCCGAAAUGGCAGACCGAAAAAAGUUUAUAGUCCGAUAUGACUUCCCCUGGGAGAACAAGGAGGAUAGGAAAUUCAGGACAGCCACCACAGGGGCAGUAAAGGAAUUCAAGCGUCUCUCUACAGACGCUUGCCAAGCCAGGCUCACCAUGCAUGAAGAUAUGAUAUCCUGGUACCCCAAGCCCACGAGUCCCAUAGCAACUCCCAAGCCAACUAAACAAGUAACAAUAUACUCCACAUAAUAUGAAAGGACGUGCACAAAAAACAAAUAAAUGCAGGACAAACCAAACCCAGAACACACACUCUGAAUUGGGGAAUGCUCACCUGGAAGCAGCUGCAAAGAGGAAGUGGGAAGGGCCUGCUUAGUGUAUUACUGUAUAUGUCUAUCUUUAUACUAAUUGUUUCCGUUAAAAAAAGGUAUAGCAAACAUAAAGCCUCCUACCUUGCUGUAAAAAUUCAAAAUUAUUUUUAGAUUUUAGGCUAAAUAGCUCAAGUCAAAACUUGCUUUGCUUGGAUAAUCUUCCCAUAUUGUCCUUUGUGGCCUAAAAUUUGAAAAUCAUGUGUCAAUCUCUGUAAAGAACCCUGUUUAUGAAGCAGUGCAAGGCUCUAUAGCUUGGUGAGGAAUAAGUUGUUUACAUGGUACAUUCUGAUUGGGUCACAAUAAAUGUCACUUUAAAAAAGAUCCAGGUUUUCGUAUUCCUUAUUCUCCCCAGGGAAAGCUAAUGCAUGUUCAACCUGUUUGCCAUGACUUUAUCAGUUGGAAACUAUGUGAAACUAAACCUUGUCAGACUGUAACAUGCCUAAUUCACUGAUACUAAUGCAGAAACAUGAGGUAGAUUGAUAAUUUUCUUUUGUUUGUUUCCUCUUUGAGUUAGAGAAAUCACCCUCAUAAUGUUGUUGGUAUUUAAGGGAAAAUAUAGUGCCAGGAAAACAAAGUUGUUUUCAUGACACUGUGGCUCUCUAUAGUGCCCCCCUUCCUUGUGGCCCCACCCUGUUGUGCAGAAGGGGUUAGAAAUCCUGUCACUUACCCGAUUUCAGCGCCGAUGUCCCUCGGUGCAGGUUCAGGCUCUGCCUCCACUCCCCAGCAAAUAUCAUCAGGCGGGGGGACCUAAUAUGCUUGCCGUGCUCACAUUAGGACUUCCCCAUGGGAAAGCAUUGUAUAAUGCUUCGGGUGACUGUGGAUGUCCUCAUGCAUAGCGUGAGGACGUCAGUCAGGCGACCAAAAGUCACCUAACCACCUGGAAGUCCCACUUAUUAAAAAAAAAAAAACUUCAAUAAUUACCACUGCAGGGUUAAGGGACCUGAGACACUGCACCGCCUGCACUGCCUUUAAAGCAGCAUCUGUGAGGUGUUUACAUUUGGUUUUCAUUGUUGCAAAAGGUAACUUCAUGGUGGUGCUUGGACUAAUGCAGAAAUGUUUUUUUGUUUAUUUAUUUAUUUUUUUAUAUAUAUAUACUUGCCUCAGCCUUAUACUUUACCCCUGUAAAAGUUUCAGUAAUGUUUACUGGGGUGAGUUAAAAUGGAGUAUCUUUGGGGGCGGGGCCUGGCAUCUAAGAUGGUUGGACAUGUCCCUCUGUAGCUCUUAAAGGGAUCCUAUAGUGCCAGUUUUCCUGGUACUAUAGGCUCCUGAGCCCCCCUCAAGCGGGGCUGAAGGGGUUAAAACCCCUUCAACCACUUACCUGAAUACAGCGGCGAUGACCCAUCAGCCGGCACGGGAGACCUAAUGCGCAUGCGCGGUAAUAGCUGCACACGCAUUAGACCUCCCCAUAGGAAAGCAUGUUUUCAUUGCAGGAUUAACCUAUAUCCAGUGGUUGUCAAUAUGACCGGCACUAGAGGAGCUUCUGCAAAAUAGUGGAGUAAAGCUUCACUAUUUCUAUCAAAUGAUCUUAUAGAGAACAUCUGAUUGGGACAUUGCUCACUAUCCUCAUGCUAUAGAAGGCAUCGGAUUGGCUGAAGUCGUGAUCUCAAUGAUCUCUCCCAAAGAGGUAGAGAUGCAUGCUGGAGACCAGCCCAGCUUUGGCAGCAGGGCCCAUGUGGGAUACUAUGAUUACUCCGUUUUAUUCCUAACUCUCAUUGCUUCCUAGGAUUUUUCAAAGUAUGUUUAUUUAUCCCCUUUACUUAUCAAAAAUGUUUUCUGAGAUCUGGAAAAUACAACUCUAUCCUAAAACCUGACACGUCUAUCUUGAUUCCCUGGCAAUCAUUGCUAUUAAUGCUUCCCUUUUCACCAACAAACUUAAUUAGUGCAAGUGGAGAACCAGGAACAAUGUCUGUCAUCCUUUGUAUUGUUUUUACGGUCUGUGCUCAGACUGAACUGGAUUAUGAUGUCACUUGCUAAAUAAUUUAUAUAUAAAUUUAAUUUAACCCCUUAAAGACCAAACUUCUGGAAUAAAAGGGAAUCAUGACAUGUCACACAUGUCAUGUGUCCUUAAGGGGUUUAAAAAAAACAAAAACAAAAACAAAAAAAAACACUUUGCAUGGAAAUAAAACUUAACAGCGGUUGUUGAUUUUCAGUGUUUUGUUCAAUUUUCAGAGAUGUGAUUGUUUCCCUACAAGUUAUAUUUUAGGUUUUGAAAGAGGGUUGUUGGUAAAAUACAGUAGACUGUAUCAUUGUGACCUGCUUAAAACUGUAACCUUGCUUUCUGCUGAUUCAUGGUUACAGCAUGACUAAGGGAUACACAUUUCAAGGGGAAAACAAGGCAAGAUCUGGGUAGAGUUCAGCUUAGUAUCAUUGCUCAAUGCUGUCUUGCAAGUCACCGAUUCAGUGCAUUAGCACUGUAAUAGCAGAAACCAUUAGUGAUUUGAUAUGCAAGCCUCUAGAUUGUAAGAUCUUUAAGCACGGUUCUCUUCAACCCAUUGUUCCUGUCAAAAUAAAUCUGUAGUGGUUUUGACUUAUUUGUGUUUAUAUUCCCCACUUUAUAAAAUUGUAAAGCGCUGCAGCAUAGGGUGUUGCUAUAUUAAUACCAAUUAUAACAAUAUUGUUAGUGUAAAAACUUCCUACAAAUGUUAAAAAGGAAAACUGGAUUUUAAAAUUUAAUUUCUGGAUAUCGCACUUUGAGUUUGACAUUGACAAUAGUUGAUGAGGGAACCUAUCUUCUCACACGGUUACAUGUUGAUUCUCGUAGCAUUACUUUGCAUAAGUUCUAUGGAGGAUGGUGAAGGAUCUUCCAUGAGACUCUCAUUUUGUAAUCUUGUAAGUAUGUGGGAGUACAAUGGUACCAAUAGUUGAAUAAGGAAGAUCACCGAUCAGCCUCAGGCUUGUCUAAUGCAUCUAUGACAGUAGAGCGGUUACAUGGCGGUAACACUACUCUUGGUAGGCCAGACUGCAGGGAGUUGAGGGCAGGACUGAAUUUACAUGUCCGUUGCCUGUAGGCACAAAAUUCUAAGGUGCCCCCAACUCCACCCUACCAUAAAAAUAUUAAUAAAGUAAGGUCAAUGAAUGUAUUACACCGAUUUUUUUUUUUUAAAUUAUUUUAUUUAAUCUUGCUCAUAUAUUGAUACUUGCAAAUUCAUAUGUAUGUGUUAUAUAAUGUGUGUGUGAAUUUCUGUGAAUAUUGUGAGUGUGUGCAGCUAUGUAAAUGGGGUCAGGAUUAAAGAUAAUGUUAGAAGUGAUUUGGGUAAAUCAGGUUUAGGUUUGAGAGAAGUUCACAUCAGAAUUACAUUAUAUAGGGUGUUUAGUAUUUAUUUAUAAAAUAUUCUACCAGGAAGGAUACACUGAGAUUUCUCUCAUUUUCAAGUAUGUCCUGGGACCACAAAACAUUGCAUCAAUACAAUUAUCAAACAAGUAUUGAAGGGUUUUUCCGGGGGCGGAGCCUGCAGCUGCACUGGCCGGUUGCAUGUUUUGAGAGCUGCCUUAUGCUCAAUUUAUUUGCAGCCUUACGGUCUGAAAUUCAGCAGCUGAUGCAUCCCAAAGGUGGGAGGAACUCACAGUGGUUGUUUUCUCAGUGACUUCGAUCGAGAUUGGUGGCUUCUUUUGGGGGCAGACUUGCACCCUACAAGAGGUCUACUCCCAGUCGGUGAAAAAGAAGGCGGCCAAUCCCUCUACCUACUGCACACCACAACUCGUGAGGUUUCCUUUACACUCAGCCCCCCACCCCACCAGUGAGGGAUAUUCCGGUGCUUCUUACCUGUGUUGUGGUGGCGAUUUAUCAGCAGUUUACCACUCUUCUGUCUCUCACACAAUUGCAGAGGCCAAAUCUGUUCCUCGAGACCUGAAACCCUCUAUCCUUGACAAAUUAGAUAGACUGUUGACUUUUGGUCUAAACUCACCUGACUUCUGGGUACUUCUGUGGAGGUUCUAUUGGCACCUACCUUGCCUCCGAUCACUUGGCAAAGCACACCUCCUAUGCAGAGUAUGGUCACCCGCAAGAGGACAUCUGCCCUGAGAGGGAGCAGAGAACAUGAAGAUAUUGUCUGCAUAGGCGUGCUGGAAACCGAUUUUGUACCAAUCUCUACCAUAUACAUGCCGGGUGCGGUACUUGCAAAAGACACCAUUACAGUCGCCUUUGAGCUGAGUCUCACACUCCUCAAAAAUUUGGCAUCUUUGCUCUGCUUGAGCUAGCAUUCCAUGGGCAGGUCCGUGUCAUGCUCAACUGUGCUGUAUAUCCAGAGGGCAUAGGUUAAAAGGGGAUAGAUUACUGAACUGGUUUGCCUGGUAUUGUGUGUCUCUACUUCUCAUCACAAGGGACAAUGUCACCAUCGACACUUACCUGUUUUCAGCUUACAAUACUAUUGCUGUUGGCGUGUGUUUAAUUUAUAUUUUAAAAACUGCAUAUGGUGUGUUUUUUUUGUUUUUUUCUUCAAAUGAGUGCCAGGAGCUAGUUAAAGACCCCUCGGACAUGUGACUUAGGCAGCCCAAGACAGAACCGCUUAAGAGGCACAAUAUAAGUGUCAUACAGGACUCCUGCAUAAUAAAAAAAAAAAAAAUCAGUCCUGGUGGAGGGAGCAUGACUGUCAAAAAACAAAUCUUCCACUUGCUUCUCAAUUUAUUUUCUGUGUUUGAAAUUUUCUCUUGUUCCCUAUGUUUAUGUUUUUUGUUUUUUUUUACCUAAAACGUCAGCUUCAAGUACUCCCCAUUCUGCAGGAAUUGUUUGUGCACAGUUUUUGAUAAAUCCGUGGCUGAGUCAUCAUGACAUUUCCUCCUGCGGUCUCCUUUAGAUUUCCUGAAAUGAUGCCCUGGCCAAUGUUGCUGGAGGUCUGAUAUAGACAUGUCUCCUCUAGGACUGUGCUUCUCUACUUGUUCAUCUAAAACAGAAUGGGUGUCACAGGGAUGUGGGAUUUGUAGCACAAGAUGGCCAGGAUAUAUAGCGCUGGGAAAGCAGUUUUUUGUGUGGACUGGUUUAUUUAUUUUGGCCUUUAGCCCUGUCGUUGGCAAGCAGCAUAAGGAGACCGGUCCGGGCUUGGUAGGAGGGGGACGGAGCACCACACUAGACAGCAAAAACCCAACACACUGCAUACAGUACCUAAUAAAGCUAUGUUUUAUGUUUAUUUAUAAAAUAUUUUACAAGGAAAGAUACCUUGAGAUUUCUCUUGUUGUCAAGUAUGUCCUGGGUCCACAAUACAUUGCAUUGAUAUAAUAGGGUACAUAAAAUACAAAAACAAUAAUACACAAUUUAUACAAAAUUUAACAUAGAACAGGUAGGAAAUAUAUAAUCAACCAUGACGGGUGCAUUCUGUUUUGAGGUAUGUAGAGAGGGAUAAAGGAUUUUAGGCCUGGGGUAGAUUUGAAAGUGUGCGGGAGGUCGUUCCAUAAUUGCUCUGUAGGAAAAGGAGGAUUGGCCCGCUUUCUUUUUGUAUUGAGGUAGACUAAAUAAUGUGCUGGUACUGGAUCGGAGGUUAUAGGAGGUGGGAACGGCCCGGGAGAGCUCUUAAACACAAGGCUGGAAAGAUGCUGGAUGCGUCUGGAUUCCUGCGACAGCCAGUUUAGUUUAGCAUUUCACAAUGGUGGGUCAUGUAAUUACAUUGUAGCACAAAGCGGUAGAACGAGUUAUACAAUGUAUUAUGUUUAUUAAGGUGGGUUUGCUUUGCAGGUGCAUAUACUACAUCUCCAUAAUCGAUGAUUGGCAUCAACAUUUGCUAUACAAUAUUUUCCUUUACUGUAAGGCUUAGGCAGGAUUUGUUUCAGUACAGGGCACCUAGUUUUGGAUAAGGCUUUGAUGCAAGUUUUUCUACGUGGAGGCCAAAAGAUAGAUUGUGGUCUAACAACACACACAAGUAUUUGAAAGAGUGGACUGCUGUCAGUGUCCUAUUUGAAUUUGUUUUGAUGGAUAGGUGGGAAUUGUGUAAUUUAGGUACUGUUACAAAGAUCAUUGUGACCGUUUUGUCAGUGUUUAGGAAGAGGGUUUUUUGGGGGGGGGGGUUGCGAUCCACUUUUCUACCUCUGUAAACUGGUCUUGGAGCACAGCCUCAAGCUGCGGUAGAUUGGAUUUUCUCGCAUAGAUUACUUUGUCGUCUGCGUACAUGUGUACAUUUGAGGAUUUGAAAACAUUGGGCAGAUCAUUUAUAAAUAAUGUGAAUAGUAGGGGACCGAGAAUGGAAGGUUAGGGAACACCACACGUGACACGGAGAGGGAGUCGCUGUCAGAAAUGGACACAUACUGCGAGCGAUCCAAUUUAGCAGACGAUCACCAAAACCUGAGUUUUUGAAUUUGUGCAGUAGAUGGUCGUGGUCUACUGUGUCAAAGGCCUUUGCAAAAUCAAGGAAAAUAGAUCCAGUUAGGUCUCCUUGUUCCAUGCCAGUUUGGAUGUCAUUGCAAACUUUUAGGAGGGCAGUUGUAGUGAAGUGAUUCUGGCGAAAACCCAAUUGAUCAGGGGUCAGAUAGUUAGAUUGUUGGUAAUACUCACUUAGUUGCGUAUAAACGCAUUUUUCAAAGAUUUUUGACAAUACUGGGAGCAAUGAUAUUGGGAGAUAAUUAGAAACCAAAGUAGUGUCACCACUUUUAUGGAUAGGCACUACUCUCGUAGUCUUCCAAAGUUUGGGUAUGUAUCCAGACACCAAGGAUUCGUUAAUUAGGGUUGUGACAGGUUUAACAAUUGCUGGCGCACUGAGCUUCAACAGCAUUGCUGGGAUUUGAUCAGGUCCAGAUUAGUUUUUCAUUUUUAGAUUAUUAAGGUGUUUCUUAAUGACACUAACAGGUACAGGUCUGAAAAUGAACUUGUCAAUAUUGGGUCUUUGCAAAUUUAGUGGGUCCCGGUUCACAUUUGUAGUUUCAGGAUGAGUGUCAUUUAUUAGCUUGGUAAUCAGGGUAGUGGAGCAUCCGACAAAAUAAUUGUUAUGAUAAUACUUGACCCAGUUUCCACCAGCCACUCACUGUAUCCAUAAAUAUUUAUGACCAGAAUAUAAAAUUGCAUUGUUUGCACUUUGCAGUGUCUUGAUGUAAGCAAUGAUUAUAGUGCUUGGCAUUAAUUAAUUAAAACAGGAGAGCGCAAACUUAGUAAAUUAAAAUUCCUUGUAGUAAAAAUAAAUAAAAAUAAGUUUAAGCAGCUAUAAACAAAAUAAAGUUCCUUUAAAAAUCUUUACAUAAAUACAAUUCAUAAAAAAAGUGUCAGUGCUAUCUAUGAUAUCCUUGCAGUAGGCAAUCAAUUGGAAUGUGAAAAAUCAGCAACUUAUCCCUGUGAUUUAGUGUGUGUGUGUGUAUAAUCACUCCUAUACAUCACAAUAAGUUAGAUUAUACACAUAAAAUAUAUUAAAAACUUGCUUAGGAGUCCAAAAGUUCUGAAUGAGUCUUUAGAGGGUUAAUCUUAUACUGCAGUAGAAAUGUAAUAUCCGUAGAUACACUGUGGCUUAAUGUAGAUUGUACCUUAAAAGGAUACAAAAAAGCUUUUCAUAGUGUAAAACUGCAUUUAUUAGUGGAAAAAAAGAUUCCCUUCCCCCAAAUAGAAACCCUUACAUUAGCAAGUGGUGAUACUUGUUUCCAAGAUAUCACAAACCUAUUAGGUAGAAUCAGAGGCUUAGCAGCCGUUUACCGUCCACUGGUCUCUGUAGUACAAAACUCCCGCCCGAUCUCAGCGCUGAUGAGGUGGAGUAUAACGUGUAAACUGGAGACCUUGGUGUGUGGUCGAUGUGAAACAUGCUGUAGUCGUCAGACCUCUGUGUGUACUGAAUGCCGAUAGGAUUCCAAUUUUUGCUCAGUUAGAUAGUUAGUAUCAGUAUUUCAAAAUGAAAUACUGAAAAGUGACAGAGCUGAUUUAAAUGGUUUAACACAGAACCAGGAGACAUGCGGGCACCGUUAACAUUACAACAAGCGGUAAAGGUUUUAGUGCUUAAUGUAAUUUUUUUGGGUUUAUUUUAGAUAAAACAUUUUUAGCUUCUUUUCGUAUUAUUUUGAAAUGUAUACAUACACUGAAAUGUUAAAUAUACUUAUAUAUUUUGGCUUACCUGUGCUCUAAAGAUGCAGCCAUUAUGAAGUUUCCUUUGGUCGGAAGCACAGCUAGCCUGACAAAAAAACAUUGAACGUAAUCAAGAGCGACUGCGUGUUCACAAAUCUUGAUGACAUCAUGAGCAAGCGUAGGGAAUCUCAAUUCCUUCUCAGACUGUUUCAGACCUUCAAAUAAUAUAUGGUCUGAGCCAGGCUCGGACUGUCCAUUGGGCAAAUGCCCGGUGGGCUGCAUGGGCCGAAGCUGAUCAGAGACUAUUAGCAAUAUAUUCUUAGUUAAUGGAACAUAGCUGUGAAGACACAAAAAUCUGAAUAUAUAAUAAAAGGUGCCCCUUUUCACACUACUUUUAAAACACUUUAAAUUAACACUAUAGUGUUAGGAAUACAAGCAUUCCAAAUACAGUGUCCCUCUACCCAUGAUGGACUCCUGAAGGUUCAUUCAGAAAUGCUAUGUUGCAAUCCCAGGAAAUAAUGGAUGCUCAUAAAAUUAGUGCUUUGUUAAUCCAAUAAAUAGUUUGCUUUCCUUUUUUUUUUUUUUUCUCUUUAAGUUCUUAAAUUAGGUCACAGUUGACAAUUCUUCUCCUAGAACACAAACAAACCUCUGUUGGCUUCAAAGACAGAAAAACCUGUUGUAACACUCACGCUGCUGGUUAUAGCAAAUGAUCUGCAACAUUACAAAGAAUUAUAUAAGCAAUUUCUGAGCAAAUGGAUAUCUGUUUUCUAUCCUAAUUAACCUCUCGUCCUGCAAAGCUUCUCUGGAAAUUACAGCAAAUAAAAAAAUUAAAAUCGCCUAUAAUUUGUGUUGUUUUUUUUUUUUAAUGCAACGCUCCUUUUUCUUUGACAUUUUAUGUUAAAGAUUUAACAGUUAACACCACAAUCCAGUUCAGUGUAGGAACAGCCAAGGCACACAUUGCAAAGUAGGUUGAGAAAUUGAAAUAUUGUUUCUCCUCUUGUAUUGUCUUUCAUUGCUGACUGCCAGGUACAAAACAAAGAGUUUAUGACAAUGAUUGCCCGGGAUCUAAGAUGGAAGCCCCCAGUUGUAGGAUAUUAGAUGUAGAAACCCAUGCCUAUUUAUUUUUUAUACCUUACAAUUAUAACUCCUCAAUAUCUGUUUUUAUUUUACAUUUAAUCUUUGGAAGGCUUGACCCAGCAUUGUCAGCCUUUCCUUUCUGUUCCAAUGUUACUAUAUUAAUUAAUCUAGUUCUCUUGGUGGCAGCAGAAGGGGUCAGAUCUGGGAGUCAGGAAAGACCCAAGGACUUCUAUAAUAAGUGCUUAGUGUCCCUUUAAGAUGUUUUGCUGUAUUUACAAAUUAAACUCCAAUCAAAGAUUUGGUCUCUGAGCUAUCCAGAACUGGGUUGCCAAGUCACUUCCAUAAUUUAUUUUCCUGUGUAAUUCUUCUCCUGUGUAAGUUUUGGUUUAGUAUGACAAUGUGAAAAAUGUUGGCAGAAGUGGUAAGGUAAAGCCACUAACACCAAAAUUGUUGUUUUCUUUUACUAGAAUGAGUUUACAUAGUGGGUUCCUGCAUAUCUACAUUUCUGUUUUUCAAGUAAUAUUUACAAUCCAACUUCAUUAUGUCUGUAUAUGUGUUCUUGUCUUUCUGUUCGGCCAGGAUUCGGAGGCUGCCUGGAUAUUCUAGUCGAUGGAGUCGCAUUGUUGAAGGAAGCUGCCAUUGAACCCAGUAACAAUCCAGUUCACCACAACUUCAUUGAGACAGAGAAUCAACUGGCAGAGAGCUUUGCUUACUUUUUUCCACCGGGUGCAGCUUCAGAGUAAGUGAUCAACUAAAUCUUUUCUAAAAGUAAAGUGGAUCAUGCAGUCCACUGGAGAUUUUUGUUUGAGAAAAUCCAGGUAUUUAAAGUGUUCUGAUUAUAGUAGUACGUUACAAAUAAAAAAUAUAUAUUAUGUUUUG